AGAAAAUGUGCAGCCACUGCUCCACCUCUCCGUGUGUUCGUUCUUUCCUCCCUAUUUGCGUCCGUUCGCGCCUCCAGCCUCCCCUGAAUCGGUGAGUCCAAGGAAGUAGUUGCGGGUCCCCUCGACCAAUUCGUUUGCUGGCAGUGCAAAGGUCCUUGUAUACCGUCUCAUGAUAUGAAUCUGCAGUCUUUGCCUGUUGCUACUGGAGCUCCUUAUCCAGCAUCUAUGGCACCAUCUUCCAGCGCUUUCUCCACGGUUACUACGCAUGGAUGCUUUCCUUAUUCGACACCAUCCACCGCGCAUCCUUCCCUUUCUGGAAUCCUGCCCUGCAACAACAACAUGAUAUCCUAUUCUGUACUACCAGAAGAACCUUCAGGUGGUAUUUUCUCUGGACAGUCUCCUGAAGGCUGUGCAGACCCUGGUGACAUUGAUUACCGUGUUGAGAGUCAGCAAAUUCCUGGUCCUGGCAGAACCGUCGACGAAUCCGACAAUAGAGAUGAAUGGUUUGUCCCCACUGAUAUAACUUGGAACUGGCACCAAAUGGCUGAAUCCGCACCCGUUCCCUCGUAUCCGAAUUCUAAGUCAUGGCAACAUGAUGAGCAGCACAUGGUACAUGAAUCAGUCUCGGUUCCUUCUGAAGAACCUCAGCAACUGUGUCCAACCGUUUCUCCUCUGGCAACCACAAAUAAUGCGCAUUGCCCCAAAAGGGCCAAGGCACGCAUGCGGUGGACUAUGGAGAUGCAUGAUCGCUUCGUAGAUGCUGUCAAUCUGCUUGGUGGCUGUGAAAGUGCUAAACCUAAAGCAAUUCUUGAUAUAAUGAAUGUUGAAGGUCUGACUCGCGAUCAGGUCAAAAGCCACUUUCAGAAGUACAAACUUCAAGUAAAGCAGCACCCUUCUGAAGUUCCAGGUACAUCAGUGGAGAUGACCAUGCGUAGCGAAGCAAUACCUUCAGACGUACAGAAACACAUCCAAGACUAUGCAUUACAGGUGCAAGUAGAGUUUCAGAAGAAACUACAUGAUAUGGUAGAGAGCACAAUGCUGGAGAUUCGCAGAAGCCUGCUCGAGAACCAUGUGAUGAGUCUCCACGAGCUUGAGCAGCGGCAGUCGUCGUACCGUGGCAGCGACGACGCAGGAGCAUGACGCCAUGACCGUCUUCUGGUCGAGGCUUCAAUGCCUGUUUCUAUGUGGUGUUGCUUUUUUUUUCGCAUGUAAAUUUGAGUUGGUAGUAUAGCUCCAGAACCUUGUGAUAAGAAUCUGUGUGUGAUGCUGCAGAGUCACCUUUUGCAGUACGUACUGGAAUUUCACACUCCACAUGUAAUUAUGCAAACUCUAUAGCUUACCAACUGUUAACUUGAA